AUGCACGCCCAAAGCCAGUCCUCCUUCUUCGCCAAACUGCCCCCGGAGGUGCGGGCGCAAAUCCAGAUUGAGUACCUCGCUGAAUACCUGCGACAGGCCCCAGUACACCGAGAGCACGGCAGACCAUGUUUCCUGUACUCGGUCUGCUCAGCGCCAAUCUCCAGCCUGUCCUUAUCAUGCAAGCGAAUGCUCAAGGAUAUGCGCCACAGCCAAGAGCCCGUGGGGGUGGGCAGGCGGUUCGCCCUCUUCCUCGCCACGGGCAGCGCGCGGAGCGUCCUGGUGUCCGAGGGGAAGCCCCCCGAGUGGCGCCUCGUCCGCCACGUCCGCUUCAUCAACGAGAUGGACCACCUGUGCACCGACGUGUGGGAGAGCUACCACCUCACCCAGAACUUCCUCCGCACCCUCCGCGAGGCGACGCAGCUGGUCGAGCUGGAGCUCGAGUGGAACCCGCAGAUGAGCAUCCUGCUCGGCGACGGCUACGUCACGGACGCGUCGGUCUUGAGAAACAUGAUGGAGGGCAUAAGGGGGAGCCCGGCGCUGCGCAGGCUGCGGCUGAGGGGCCCGUUCCCCAGGACCUGGACGGACCCUGGGCCGGAUGCUUUGCCAGGCGUGGAGACGAUAGUCGAGCCUGUCAUCAUGUGGCCGAGACUAGAAGAGGAAGAAGAGGCACGGAGGAAGAAGCUACAAUCUAUAGCUGAACAGAAGGCAAGGCUGGCUGCCCAGACUGAGUUGAGGACGCAGGCUGACAAAAUCCGCGGAGACUCGAGUAGAUGGCAGAGGUUCCAGCGAAAGCUCGACGCUUGGAAAGGUAAGAGAUGA